ACUGUCUUGCACUUGACAGAUCUAGGUCUAUCCUCAUUGAAAUGAGUAUGCACUUCUUACAUUUUCUUCCUUCCCAUUUUGAUUAAAUACUAAUGAUCAGAUAGAUCACGAAGACUGGCCUGUCAUCACCUUGUCGCGAUUCAAAGCAUAUCCAUACCAGCAUCAACAAGCACAGAGUUUCGACCUCUGUAUCGCGUACGUUAUGAUUGCCGCAGUCAUAUGGGUUGCAGAUCUAGGCAUUAUGAUUCUGGUUGAUUUUUGUUUCUUGGAGCUAAACUGGGCUCCAACGAAGUCUGCCUCCUAUUUGUUCUAGUGAUAAUGUUAGCGAAAAUCCCUCUUGCCUUUGUAGAAGGAAUGCGUUUUAGAACCAUAGCCGACAAACGAUCGCGUUACGUCUGGGCUAUCAGCUUUUGGGAUGUGGACGCGGCGACGAAGAGCUUAACCCGACUUCGGGGGAGCAUCCCGUUCAUUGCUUCCAUUAUCGAUAUUGCACUAUUUCUUGCCUCAAUAUCUCUACUGGUUUAUCUGUUGCUGAAGGUUCAAAAGUGGGAAGGGCAGGGCAUAUGGCUCAUUGCCAUCACACCUCUGGUAGUAGAAUACGGGAUUCGAGUCCUAAUACACGUCUUCCUGCGAGCUCAAUGGUUCAUCAGCACCUUGGAAUUCCGUCAACAUCCUCGAUGGCUUUCUCCGUUUCUCAAAUUUUUCUCAUCAUCAGUGAUGGCUCAUGCAUUUAUAAGCCUUUAUCUUGUACCAGUAUCGGUUCUCAUGGUAGUCACGACCCCAGGCCUUGUUGUUUGGUUAGUAUGGACUGGGAUCUUGGCUGAGCUGUGGCGAGAUGGAGACUUGUUUGUGCUCCUGUUUUCCUCAUUUUUACUUCUUGUUUGUUUAUUAUUGUCGGUCCGUCCAUGGCAACUUUUAUUCUUUUACGCUUUUGUCGUGAUCAAAGAUAUCGCAGGGCGCGGGAAAAGGGCAUAUGUGGGUAGCAGAUUGCGAAACCCGGACCGAGAGAUUCAGAUUGUUUAAAAAACAUGUUCGACAUAUGCUAUGGAUUUAUCAACAAUUCCAUCGAAACCUAGAGUCUAGUUAGUUUCAAAUACUACCUUUAGCCCAAGUCUUUGUCAAUGUUGCCAUGCGCAUAU